AUCAGAAUUUUUCUGUUGUGUGGAUUUCCCUGCUAAGCAACAGGUAAACGUGCGACGAACAAAGACGGCAGGAUUUCUUUCAAAACGUCUCUUAUCGUAAAACCAAGCAAGUUUUGUCUCGUUAGUUUCGCCUCUUAAAUCUGCCAAAAUUCCCCCCAAAAGCAGACAUCAGGAACGUCCUGCGCUUUCGCGGCUCUCUGGCAGGAAGCGAGUCGUGGCAGCGGGGGUCAUUGGGAUAAUUAUGGUUCUGGUUUUGGUUGUCCUUAUCCCAGUUCUGGUGAGCUCAGCUGGACCUUUAGCGCACUACGAGAUGCUCGGUGCAUGUAGAAUGGUGUGCGAUCAAUACGGAACAAGCACUGCAAGCAGCGCCGGCUCUCCAGACGCGGUCCCGGACAACAGCCUCCUGCCGUCGUUACCCACUUCAAUCCAGGGACCGAGGGGAGAGCCGGGUUGUCCGGGUAAAAUGGGACCAAAGGGAACCCCAGGUGAACCGGGACCCCCCGGUCCAGUCGGCCCACCGGGGAAUAAAGGUGAACCAGGAAGACCUGGUUUAACAGGAGCCCUGGAAACCAACGCAGUUGCUGGCGUAAUCAGCGCGACUACCUACAGCACCGUGCCAAAGAUAGCAUUUUAUGCUGGGCUGAAAAAGCAGCACGAAGGAUACGAAGUGCUCAAAUUUGAUGAUGUUGUGACCAAUUUGGGAAACCACUACGAUCCAACUUCUGGAAAGUUCACGUGUUCCAUCCCUGGGAUUUAUUUCUUCACAUACCACGUUCUAAUGCGCGGGGGAGAUGGCACCAGUAUGUGGGCAGAUCUUUGCAAAAACAACCAGGUACGUGCCAGUGCCAUAGCCCAGGAUGCAGACCAAAAUUAUGACUAUGCCAGUAACAGCGCUGUGCUGCAUCUAGAGCCAGGAGACGAAAUCUACAUUAAACUAGAUGGAGGCAAAGCUCAUGGAGGCAACAACAACAACUCCACUUUAUGAAUCCGACCCCACUCCUGACACCGCUUGUUAGAAUGGCUCGUGGAGGUUGGUUUAGGCAGGAGACUUGAGGCAUUGACAAACAGGUAGGAAACCCUAUUUCACCAGUCACAUCUGGUCACAGGAACAGCCACAAUCACCCUAACUUAUUAACUUAUAAACAGGCAGCCUUUUAUAGCUAACUUACCCCUCUCAUUAACCAGAUCUACCAUGAAACAGGGGAAACAUAUAAUUACACACUAACAUACAAACACUAACAAAUACUGUAGCUAAAACAUUACACUUUAUUUAACAAACACCAUCAUCUAUAAAUAUCUUAGAACAUUUAUAUCUAAAUUCUAAAAAUACUACCUUAACUACCAAAGUGACUCUUCCGGAACCUUUAAAAGGUGUUCAGGCCCCCGGGGAUUCUUUUAGCCUGAACACCCUGCAGAGGAAGAGACAGAGGUCAUUUCCACAAACACUGAAAACAAUCACAAUUUUAAAGAGUAAUCAACAAUACCCAAUACUGGUAUUUUAUCCAUUGGUUUGGUUUGUUAACAGGACAUCAUCAGUACCAGAAGAAAACUGCCUAAACCACCACAACUAGAAAUAAAAUACUUUAAUUAUGCUCAGUUCAAUUUAUUCUACCACAAUAUAACAGCAUUUUAAGUAUUAUAGAAAAGGUAAUGAAGAUCUUCAUUAAACUAACUGAAGUAAAACUAACUGGCUUAUAAUAAUUUAGGCACUAUUUCUUUUUAGACCAAACGUGUGAAAACAAAUGCAACAAACAAACUCCCAGUAAAACCAAAAGAAAAAUGUAUCUAAAGAUAAACUACCACUAGAAAUUUGAAUUUGACAUGGUCUAUCCACAUAAUAUUUCAUUUAUACGCACAAUUCUUGGAUGAACUCAGUCACAGGGAAACCAAACUUUCUCUAAAAACGAAACACAAGACCUUAAUGCAUAACUGUUUUAUCAAGAUUUACUGUGAAUUUAUAUUAUUUAACUUCAUGUAUUGUAUAUAACAAUUAGGUUACUUACUCUUUAACUGGUCCAGACCCUAAAUGUAAUCCAGCUCCUCAUCUUUCUAGGACCGGUGCGUCUUCUGCUUACAAAAGCUUCUGUAUUAGUUGACCCCAGGAGCUGUGAUGUAAUUUUUAGUUCAACAAUUACUUUUCUGAAGUCAAAUAAAUCAAUCCAGUAAAAGAAUCACAAUCUGCACAAUUAUGUACACUGAACCUUCACAAAGGGACGUUAUUUUGCUGACUUUAUCUCAUUUGUAACCUUUUAUAGCGUCUAACAAAUUUAUAUUAGCAUGUCUGGUCGAAGCAUGCUAAUAUCUUGUCGUGUAAUACUUUUUGGGAUGUGCAUUCUGCUCUCUGAUUGGAGAACCAUGCAUUGCAUCACCAAGACGCAUGCUACCAUUGGACACUGAUUUUCACCUGCUUACUACAUGGGUUAGGGAGAGCAAACAACUAUGUGGGUGGUAUGAGUGGAAAGAAUAAGAUCUCAUGUUUCGGAUGGAAAAAAAUAUAAGUUGAUCAAAAGAUACACGAGAAAAUGAACAACAUACUCUGUGAAGUUGUAUAUGACCUCAUAGACCUUGAAAGGUUAAUGUGAUAGGGAGCCAGUGGAGUUAAAGCUGUAGUUGGUAAUGCUGUUCAGAAAUACUUUUGUUAUACUGGGUGAAAUGAUCCUUCAAUCCUGACAGUAUGUAUACAAGUACACAUUAUGUAGUAAAAAAAGGAGAGAAAAAAUUAGAUCUCUGUGAGAACUGCUGUACAGUAAAAACUACAGCACUGACCAAUACCUGGCGUUCACUGCCAAAUGGGAGUGAUUUACCUGAGUUUGGUCCUGCCCACAUGUCCCUCGAGUUUCUGGGGUAUCACCUUUAUCUAUUACAGUUUUUAUUGAUUGCUUUGACGAAGCAGUUAAUUUUGUUUGCAAAAGGCUCCAACUCUGCCAAAACAUUUAAAAUAUGGACCAAAAGCACAUUUUGCCCUCAAAACAACACAACUUGCACACAAAUGUUUGAGCCCUUCCAAUCACUCAUUACACAAGAGGCAACAAAAUAGCUCAAUUUGAAUCAGUGUGGCAUUGCUGGUUAUUAAAGCCAAUGACGGUACGCAGCUUACAGUGUCGUUUGUUGUCAAAUUUGCCUUCUUACAAAAAAUUGGAUCCACAAUCAGAUAUCCAUCCAUCCAUCCAUUUUCCGUCACGCUUGUCCCUUGUGGGAUCGCGAAGGGUGCUUGUGCCUAUCUCCAGCUGUCAACGGGUGAGAGGUGGGGUACACCCUGGACAGGUCGCCAGACAGGUCUCCUCUUGUCCUGAGCUGUGAUGCAAAUUUUAAUUAGUCAUUCGUUAUUUUAACAUUGUGGCUAAAAUUCCAACAGAAAAUACUAGGGCUGUCUGUCUCUUCUAAGUCUCUCCUCUCUUGACGAAUAGUCCACAUGGCUUCAUCUACAUCACACUCAAUAUUUUCCCUUGCGAUGCACCUUGGGAAACUCUUCUUGCAUGUAAAAUCCAUCCUUGACAUCCCUCGGCAUCUAUAUCUUGGGCAGUAGCAGUCAUUACAUUGAGCAAGGGCAUCUUCUCAUAGGAGCGGUGAUCAUAUACCUUCCAUCUUGAUGCACUGAAGAAUUCCUCUAUAGGUAUAGAUACAGAUAUAUCUGUAUAUACUGUAUAGCAACAUCACCUUUUCUCCAGUCGAGAAAUUCUUACAAUGGAUGCAACCAUGUUUCUAUUGAGAACAGGUUGGACUCUUUGUCCAGUGUAAGGCAAUGAUUUACCACAUGAUCAAUCACAGAUGCCUGAAUUUCAUCUGUAACUUGAGCCCUUCCAGCUACACCUCCACCUCGCACACGGAUUCCUCUUCCUCGGACCCUUCUUGUCCUGGACCAUCUACCUGUUACUUACACCAUCCAUGCUUGCAAAGAACAACACUCAACAUGGCACUUUUUAAGGCCUGCAGGCUUAAAGUUGUGUGAAGGACUUGCAAACAGGUGCUUCAGUGAUUUCAUACCGAUCAAGAAAUUUCUAAGAGCUAGCAACAUAUGGUUUCUGUUUGGCUACCGCAGCUAAAGCAAUGCAGUUUGGACUGCUUGAAUGACAUCUGCUUUAACUGUUUUGCAAAAGGGUGGGGAAAGUGUGUCAAACCAAUGAGAAUGGGUUAGCUCAUUUGCAAGAGGUGUCUUUUGCUCUGCUGAGAUGGUGAUGAUGAAAACUGAGAGGUUGCCAGUUUCUUCAAACAGGUCAAAGCAAUCAAUAAAAUCCGUAAUGUAGUUUAGGUGUGAAGUGGGAAGUAGAUGAUGUAAUGAUGCAAACUUCUGUCUUAUGUACUAGCCGGAGUUUAUGGAGUGUUUUCUGGGUGACCAGGAGGAAAGGAGUUGAAAUUGUCAAGUCCAGAAGUGAACCUGUUUCGCAAAAGUAUGAAGGAAAAACUUGCUUGUUGCGGCAGAAAGUAAGUUAACCUGGUUAUGUUGUGGAUGUGGAAAGUGAAGGACAGGAUAGACAGGGGUGUCUAGGAUGACACCAAGGCUCUUAAACUGAAAUGAGGGACAGAUGCAAGAAUUGUCAAUGCCUAAACUGUCCCUUGUGGGACAGUUUGUGCAUUGACAGCAUAAACUGUCAAUGCAUAAACUGAGCUGAUACCUCAAUGUAUGAGGUAUCAAAAACUUAACGCAAUAUGAUCUUAUGGGCUUCAGGUAAGCCACUAACUAAUAAGAGAAAUAUCACAGAAAGACCUUUUAAUAAAGGCUUUUUAAUAAAGGCCUUUUAAUAAAACCAAUAAAUACUGGUAGAAGAAAGGUCUAUGAAGUUACAUUGUGACAAGUUAGAAAUAUAAGGUCUGUAAAACGACUACAGGAAUAUAAUUGAAAUUGACUAUACCUUUCUAAGGUCAAUUAGUUGUAUAGUUGGGAAGUUAAUAAAUAUAGGCCUAAAUGUUGCAUGGUGCAACACCUAGUAUGUGAAAUUGUGUUGUGCUUUGCUGUGUAACUGUUGUGUAGUACACAUAUUACAAUGGUGUUGCCAGCUCCUAAGAUCUUACUGUCACUACUAAUUGUCCCAUUCGAUGGUAUGAUGAUUUGAUGCAUAUAUCUUUUGUCACACGUACUGUAUGCUGUCUGCAUUGAAAAUGAUAAUCCCUACAUAGGGGUUGGGAAAAACAACAGUUUGUUACUGUGUAUAUUAAAGCUAGAUUGCAUGCAAUCAUAGUUACUGCUGUGUUAAAGCAUGAACUGUGAUUUUCAUGUAAAAGACACUUGUAUAAUAAAUAGACAGUGUUAAGUCAUCUGUACUUUCUGUUGUCAACAGUCUUGUAA